UGAGGAGCUGGUGAGUGGGGUUAGGACUGUGGUGUGGAUUGGCUUGGCUUGGCUGCUGGGGGCAGAGCAAUGGGGUCUGAGCUGGCAGAGUCCCCACAAAGGCAGAACAUGGUGGAAAAAGGAAACCCCUUCAUUGUGGGGGUGCUGAUUCUGGGGAACAUCAUCAUCCUGGUGAGGAGGGGCAGCUCUGGGGUUCACGCCCCAUGUGGGCCCCCACAGCAGGGUCUCACAAGCUCUCUUCUCUUCUCCCCCCUCCCCAACCCCAAGUACCUGGUAUUGAUGCUGAUCGUCUACAUCUUCGAAUGUGCCUCCUGCAUCACCUCCUACACCCACCGUGACUUUGUGGUCUCCAAUCACAGGAUGGUCACCAAGCAGAUGCUGACCUUCUACGCGGCCCCCACAGCCCAAGGCCGGGAGCUGACCCGCAUGUGGGACCGGAUCAUGAUGGAGCAACAGUGCUGCGGUGCGACAGGCCCCCUGGACUGGGUGAACCAUACGUCCACCUUCCGCUCCUUCUACCCUGAGGGGCUGGCGCCAUGGCCCUUCCUCUGCUGCAAGCGUGACGCCAACUUUGUUAUCCUCAGCCCAGAGGGCUGCCGUGUGGGGCACGUGGAUUAUAUCAACACCAAGGGCUGCUUUGAGCACAUUGAGAAUGCCGUCAACAGCUACACCUGGGGCAUCUCCUGGUUUGGAUUCGCCAUCCUCAUGUUCACGUGCCCAGUGAUGCUCUUAGCCAUGUACCACUACACCACCCUGUGACACCCCCUGCCCCACACACCCUGCACUGCUGUGGGGCAGGGCCCCUUUGACCCACCUGCAGCAUCAGUGAGGGGGGAAGCCAGCCAGUCCCACCUCCAGCCUGUCUCGGAGCUAGGCAGACCAGCCUGGUGACCACCUGCGACUGCCUCAGCCCUGCGCCUGCCAC